AGCGCUAACCAAUCAGCAGGCCCCUUCCCUGUGAUUGGUGUGUUGUCUCAAGAGCCGCGCCCCCUGUCGUGGUGUCAUUCCGCGUUGUGACGGGCUAAGACGGCAGUACUUUAACAAGGUGAAAACACUGAGAGAGAGAACAAGCGAGAUGGAAACAUCAGAGCCAAAAUCCAACGGUGUGACAAACGGAGGGGCAAGGAUUGUUGUGGUUGAUGAUGAUGAAGAUGAUGAAGCUCUUAGUCCAACCGACCUCUCCGAGAUGUUAGCAGAGGGGACCAAGGAGUCCCACGACAGAGCAGAGAACUGCCAGUUUGUCAAAGAUUUCCUCCGAGGCCGCAUCAAAAGGGAGCUGUUUCAGAGAGGCACAGCAGCUCUGUACUUUGUCUACUCUGCCAUGGAGGAGGAGAUCGAGAAGAACAAGGACCAUCCUCACAUCGCGCCAAUCUAUUUCCCCACAGAGCUUCAUAGGCGUGAGGCUCUGGCCCGGGAUCUCGAGUAUUUCUAUGGAGAGGACUGGGAGAGCCAGAUCAGGCUCUCUGCAGGCACCAAGCCCUAUGUGGACCGCAUCCACGAGGUGGGAGAGAAGGACCCUGCGCUGCUGGUGGCCCACUCCUACACCCGCUACAUGGGUGACCUCUCAGGUGGACAGAUCCUUAAGAAAGUGGCCCAGAGGGCACUGAAGCUCCCCUCAACGGGCGAGGGUCUCAACUUCUACCAGUUUGAGGGUAUCCACAGUCACAAGGGCUUCAAGCAGCUUUACCGAAGCAGGAUGAACGAGCUGGAACUGGAUGCUGAGACCAAAGAGAGGAUUGUGGAUGAGUCCAACCAGGCCUUCGGCUUUAACAUGAUGGUAUUCACAGAGCUUGAAGAGAUUGGUAAGACCAUCAAGGAGGACGUCCAAGAUGCAGGUCUUGGACACAGUCAUGCAGAGAUCAUGCAGGGUGGUGAUAUCAACAAGUGCCCCUACUAUGCUGCCAAAAUGGCUGCCAGUGGAAAUUCCACCUAUGCAUGCCAGUUAGCCAUGAUGGCUCUCAGACAUCCGUCCUGUCAGGUGGCCCUGGCUGCCUGGGUGGCCGUCCUCGCAGGGCUCACUGCCUGGUACCUUCUGUGAGCUCUGACACACUUGUUCUGCCAAUAAUUAUGUCGGAGCAAAGAGUGGAGGACACUUCUGCAUCCAGACAAACUUUAUCCUCUUUACAUUCACUCGUACUGUCUGAAAGUAGCAUUAAGUAAACCAGAAAUGGACACAUUUGUUGAUUGA